AUGCCGUACAACACCCGUCGAAAGUCACUAUCACUUCCGUCACUCGGCAUUCAUCUCCCAAAUUCUACCCCCGGCCAAGAAAGUAAAGAGGUCGCACACCUCGUUAUCACCCGAGCCGUCAACCGAGCGUCGGGAAUCUAUCGUGCGCGCCGGCCGGCACGGAGCGUUCGAACACACACCACCCCCUCGCCACUGGACGGUGUCGCCCCUAAGAUCGAUACGGAAGGCAUUCAUGAUGAUAUCGUGGUCGCGGUGAUCGAGCAACUCGAGAAGACCGGCAAUCGCCCCCAUCUCGUCAAAGAAUUGGCCACCGUGCUGAUGGCCUUGAAUGGAACCGUCGCAAAUUCUGCCAAUCCCGCUGCGCUCCUUUCAUCGCGACUGGCCGCCUAUAUGAAACGUUCUUGGACGGCUUUGGCGCCAUGCCCGAUCGCGAAGGAACUAAUUUUAAUUCACCCGCGCAAAGUGUACUAUUAUCUAACGACGUUUCCUCGUCAACCCAUUCCGGAACCGUCGGAUGAUGUGAUGGCAGUAGACGGCAAGCAUAUUACUCCCAGCGUGUCAAGUCUCGAUCAAGAUGAGGAGGAUGUGAUCGCGCGCCAGCGCAGUCCCAGUCCCGAAGUGGAUCUUUCGUCGCCGGACUUUGAAGAGGACCAGGAUGCCAACCUUGACCGUUCCGCGGGCCGAGGGUCCCCCUCCGACCAGUUUCCGGACGCGUCUAACCACACUCGUCUCAUGCACUCACACCGUGCGGCCUCGCCGCCCCUGGAGGGCGAUGAGAAGGAAUUCACCCAGACCGCCAGUGCCGUGCGCGAGCGGGCCUCGGAGGAAAAGGCGAAUCAAUCGGCCCGGAGCCUCUCUGUCCUCUCUGAGGGACUCAGCAACAUGGACGACGACAUGAGCAUCUCGGAUUCCCCUGUGACUAGGGGAUCUCUCUCACCCGUGGGAGACCGCAUGUCUGAGGAGGAGUACAGUGAUUACUUCUCCCAGAUGCACUCUUCCCACCACGCGGCGCAGGAUCUGGAUGAAGUGGCUGCUGUCACCCUCUUUGGCACCUCACCCUCGCCCUCGCUGACCUCCGUUGCAUCCUCAGUCUCGUCUGGAACGAGUGACUUGCCGGAUGUCGGAGAGGAUGGUGAGGAGCCGACAGCUCCACAAAUCAGCCUCCCGACCGACCCGGAUGUCGCCCCUGUCUCAUCCCUGAAGCGCUCGCUUGAAAUGCUGAACAGCGGUCUCCCUGACGUCGAUCUGAAGAUGUCCGAUUUGACCGAGUCGCAUAAGAAGCUCACUCUCAGCCCUCGGCUAUUCACCGCGAUGCCUGUGGAGUCUGUCUUCGACUCGUGGAGAGAGUUGCAGAACCCGGAAACCGUCGAGGUCGACGAGCUUGAUGAGAUGUUUGGCGAAAUCUAA